CUAUAAACAUGUGGGCAAAGGUUUUACUGUAUCGUUAUUUGGGAUAAAGCCAUUCUAUAAUGCGCGACCCGUGUGGCUCUACCACAGGUACACAGCGGCGUCGGCGGUUUACGUGUGCGUUGAUUCCGGUUCAGCUCUCCGACCAUCAGCCUCUCUAGCGCGGGUUAUUAUACGCUUUAUUUCUGUGCAAUUCGUUCUUGGUCAAGUGUAGUUGGGGCGAAACAAGUCCGGAAAGGUGUUUUACCUAGAAAUAAGAGUGAUUAGUUGGAACGAAGAUGGAUGCUUUCCUCUUCCCGCGAGAUAAGUGGAUAAUGAAUCAUUGAUAAGUUACAAGUCAGGAACGCAUUACGAACCGAUGACGUAGCUUAAAACCAGUUUUGAAACGUGUAUGUAAUAUGCAGUGAUCUUAAGGCUUACACUAUUGAAUCGUGCCAAAAGACAACAUUCCUUGUGCAAGUGAAGCGUUCCUCGAGUAGACGUGCUUAUACGCGAGAAGAAGGCUUAAACAUGGCUUCAAACGCAAACGGAGUUCGUAGUAUUGCUGCAGUUGUAAUCGUGCUGAUGACAGUAGCUGUGAUAUCGGUUAGUUCGGAACCGGAAUCUUGUCACGACAGCAAACCCUGCCCGGAAGACGAAUAUUGUGAUAUGCACAAUUUUUCUUGCUCCCACUGCAGCGAGAUUUGUACCCUACGUGAAACCAGAUACGAUUGCAGUAAAAAGUGUAAAGAUUAUCUUAUACUGCAAAGAAUUGCCAUCUUGGAGGACAACUUGUACACCACGAUCAUCACAUUCGCCGUGAUACUGCUCAUGCUUGCCAUCAUUGUGGUUGCGAUCAUUGCUCGUUGGUGCAGAAAAAAUGGUCAUCUCUCGUGUGCGUUCUUGAAGCGUCUUAUCGGAGCGAGUGAGAAGUCCCACCCGCCGGCAAUGGAAUACACCCACGAGAAUCCUCACACCAAAAGUCCGAAGCUACAAGCCAGAAACACAAACAACAAUAUUGCUCUUCCACCGCUCCCAGCGGUGGCAACCGUGAGACCAGCGAGUACUUACAUGGGCUCUGACGAGGGCGCAUCCGUACGGACCGUUACGACACCCAUUAGCCAGCGGUAUCCGUUGGAGGAUUGGCGGGAGAAUCAUGCGUACGAUAAUGGCGGGCUGGCGAUUACCCCUACGGAGAACACCUACGAAUACGUGGAAGCUAAGAUGAAUCAGCAACGGUUCUGAGCCGUACUUAAUCGUGCACAUGAUGGACACGCGUGAGAAUAUGAAAAUUCUCGAUUCGGAGAUGAGAACACUCGAGGAAUUUCGGAUGAAUUGUCCCCCAGAAUCGUUCCUUACACAUAGUUUAUUUCAUACAUUAUUUCAAAUUCCUAUCGAAAUUGAAAAUUAAACUCUUUCACUCCAUGAUUCGUUUGAAGUCGCACUACAGACUAACCGUAGAUGUCGAAUCUCUUCGCGCAGCUUAGUUAGGUUAAUUGGCAAUAUAGAAAUUGCAUGGCAUUUUGAUAUUCAUCGGUUUUUUUGUUGUUGUAAAUAAUAAACAGGAAAAAUGAAAUAGUAUUGAUAGGCUCAAAUUGAGCCCUCUUUUAGAUUUAGUAUUUACGGAGAUUCAAACUCCUCAGGCAAUGCAGAAAACAAUGAAUUGCAAGAACUAGAUAAAGCAAAUGAAAUUAGAGUGUUAAACCACACAAAACUGUA